UUUCCCCUGUUUAAGAACAUCUCUAUUAAAUCGUUUUCAUUCAUAAUUACAUAGCGAAGUGGACCAUUUAUCAAAAUUAACAUUUAAUUCGUGGUUUAUAUAAACGAAAUAUUAUCUCGUCUCACGGACUCUAAUUCUUUACUUAUUUUACUACCACUAACAAAACGCUUAAUUAAAUCAGCCUUUAGAAAUUUACAACAUCUUUGUCUUUCUCGUUUUCUCUUUUUCGAAAGGCUUUGCAUGGUAAAAAUAAUUACUUGGAAAUGAAACUUAAAUAGCAAAUCAGUGGAACUCUUUAAUGAUCACACAACUCCGCAGAGUCCACGACAUCUCAAAACAUCUUAUUGAAGAGCAUCAUUUUUAUGAAGAGUUGAGAAAACAAAGAAUAGAGUUCCAAAUCACUUACAGAUAUGUCACAUUCGGGAGAGUUGUUUUGAAACCGUAAAUGUCAUCUCUGUAGAAGUGGUAUUACUUGAUAACAAUGGGCAAAAAGGAGCUAUAUAGUUGUAUAUUUAUUUACAGUUAGUAAUUGAUUAAUGUGUUUCUUUUAGAUUAUUAUCUCAAAAUGAAGUGGCUAGUUUUUCUAGCCACCCUUCUCGCUACUGUUGAUAUUUCCUAUCAAUACGUCAAUAUUGACCGAGAUAAAUACAGCGGGGAUGGUACUAUCUGCAAUGGUAACGAACAAGAAGACUUGCGUAAAAAAGAAAAUAACGCAAAUGAAUAUAAAAGUUACUUUAAUUUUGAAAAUGAAAAAGAAGAUGCAGAAAUCUUUAGAAGCGACGAAGCUCCUCAAGCAAUCAUUGAAAAGGAUUCACCAGAGGCACCUGAAGAUGAAGAGAGGUUUGAUGAGAACGACAUAUCAGUAAAUGAAGAGCCAUUUGAGUUACGAAACAGAGACCAUAUUAGCCAUGGUGAUAUUUUGUUCGAAAAAGGGGAAGAAGAAGCUGUACUCGGAAGAAAAAAAAGUAGUGAUAGAAAGUCAGACGAGCAAGCUAGAGAUGGCAGAAGGGAUCUUAAUAAGAGAUGGCCAAUGCCUGUUCCCUAUCAUAUUGAAGGAAGUUUAGGUUCAAGUGCUAGAUCUGCGAUUUCACAGGCCAUGACUGAGAUACAGUUAAAGACCUGCAUUAGAUUUCGUCAAAAGCAAUAUGGAGAUACUGACUACAUUUCAUUUUUUAAACAUCCGAAUGGAUCAUGCACGCUUUAGGUUUCUGGCAUGAACAAUCAAGACCAGAUCGAGACAACUACGUCACCAUUCAUACAAAGAAUAUUGAAAAAGAGAAAGAACAUAAUUUUGAAAAGAAGUCAGACAUCGACGCCACAACAUUCGGUUUUCC